GUAGGUGGAACCUCAGUCGGUACAAGUUGUGUGCGGAGAAGGGAGCACCCUGCCUGGCAGCACCUCUUCCCCACCCAGGCACCCUGAUCUCUGCCCAGGGCCAAGGGACGGGCUAUGGCUACCUCUAUACUUGGGGAAGAACCGAGAUUUGGUACCACUCCCCUAGCCAUGUUGGCUGCCACCUGCAAUAAGAUCGGGAACACCAGCCCCCUGAGUAGCCUGCCGGAGUCCAGCGCCUUUGCCAAAGGAGGUUUUCAUCCCUGGAAACGCUCCUCAUCCAGCUGCAGCCUGGGCUCUAGCCUGGGGGGAUUCGCAGUAGCCACCAGCCGGGCCUCCGGUGCCCUAACAGGGGGAACAGCCACAGCCAACAGUGCGUUCUGCCUGGCCUCCACCUCCCCAACCUCCUCCGCCUUCAGCAGUGACUAUAGCGGACUCUUUUCCAGCGCCUCUGGGGUGUCCCCGCAGGAAUCAGCCGGCCAGUCAGCUUUCAUCUCCAAGGUUCACGCCUCCGCGGAGGGUCUGUAUCCGCGGGUGGGAAUGGCUCACCCAUAUGAGUCCUGGUAUAAGUCUGGCUUCCACUCGGACGUGUCUGGCGGGGCUUCGGCCUGGUGGGAUGUACACGCUGCCGGCCCCAGCACAUGGCUGGAGGUGCAGAACACGCAGGGGGCCCUCCACUCUGGGGCUGCCGCACAUGGGCAGCUGGGAGCCUACAGCCCGGACUUUAGUUCCCUGACCCACUCAGCUUUCAGCUCCACUGGCGCCUCCCAUCUGCUCCCAGGGGGUCAGCACCUACUCACCCAAGACGCCUUCAAGCCGGUGCUGCCCUCCUAUCCGGACUCUGGGGGCCCCAUGCUCUCUGGGGCGGCAGGGACUGGGGCAGGGGGCACUGGGCGCUCAGCCAGACGGUACUCAGGCAGGGCCACCUGCGACUGCCCCAACUGCCAAGAGGCAGAGAGAUUGGGGCCCGCCGGGGCCAGCCUGAGGAGGAAGGGGCUGCACAGCUGCCAUAUUCCCGGCUGCGGGAAGGUUUACGGCAAAACGUCUCACCUGAAGGCGCAUCUGCGCUGGCACACCGGGGAGAGGCCCUUCGUUUGCAACUGGCUCUUCUGCGGCAAGCGAUUCACUCGCUCCGACGAACUUCAGCGGCACCUGCGCACCCACACUGGAGAGAAGCGCUUUGCCUGCCCUGUAUGUAACAAACGCUUUAUGCGCAGCGACCACCUUAGCAAGCACAUCAAGACGCACAACGGGGGAGGUGGAGGGGGCAAAAAGGGAAGCGACAGCGACACAGACGCCAGCAACUUGGAGACCCCUAGAUCUGAAUCCCCUGAACUCAUCAUGGAAGGGGUUAGGCCCGGAAAGGACUCUGGGAAUGACUCCUAGGAGGGGGGCGGCCACCUCUGGGGGCACAUAGACUUCUUCCUGGGGGUGCAGCCAGUUUGUGGCGACAAAAACGCAUACGGACGCCUUAGAGAUGCGACUGAAUUUUUUGGGGGGGAUUCAUAGCUACUUGUUGCUCGAGUGCACUGGACUCUAUGUACUGGCAAAGGCAAAAUGAAACUAGAAAAUAUCGCAGGACUUCUAGAUUCAGAGCAAUAGACGCAAUUAUCGGGGCUCAGAGACUGGGAACCCCCUUAUUCUUUCUAUUACAGCGAUUAAAAAGACCAGAAACCCCUUCCGAUUCCUUUGUGGAUUACGACACUAAAUCCUCCACUGAGAUCUAUUAACAGUUUUUUUUUUAUGAUCAAUAAAUUCAAUUCAUCUUUAAACGCAGAUUAAGGUGAGAAGAUGAAACAAAAAAACCGAGGGAAAUAUUUGGGACGAUUUAUCAGCAUUUCCUAUAUUCUGUAUAAAAAUAGGUUUCAGAAAGGUCGUGUUGAUUUUUAUUCAUUUUCCCCAUUGUAAACGUUUAUUCCAAUAGUUUUAUUUUUCGUGGAUUCCUGAAAUUCAGGAUAUUUCUUUUUCUUUCUUUUCUGAUGCACUUUGUGAAAGUCAAUAUAUAUAUAUAUGUAAGAGAUAUUUAAAAUGUUGAUUUAACAUUUCACUCAGACGCGUAAAUUAAAAAAAAAAAAAAAAAA